GAAUAUUUCCGAUUGUGCCAUUGGUGAUUGCCGGCGAGGUUUUGGGAUUUUUCUUAAGAUUUUCGGUUAAAUAGUGAAUAAAUAUCUCAAAAUGAUAUGUUUAUAGUAAAAUGCAUCAAUCCUCUCGUGCUAGACCUAAUUUAAUCAGUAUUUGCUGAUAUCGGAAGUGAUGUUUCCAAUGACAUGAAAUCUUUGAGAAUAAAUCAAUAUGGCCCUCAAACUAGGAAAAUGCCGACUCUGCCUAAAGCUCGGGGACUUUUACUCCAUCUUCACGGUGGACAACUCGGUGCAGCUGGCGGAGAUGGUCAUGGAUUGUGCCAGAGUGAAGGUGUACGAGGGCGACGGCCUCCCUGACAAGGUGUGCUCGGAGUGCAUACAGAAGCUGAGCAGCGCGUACAUAUUCAAACAGCAGUGCGAGCGCUCCGACCAGGAGCUCAGACGCAACUAUGUGCCGCCUCCAGGAUUCUGUAUCACGCCGCCGCCGACCAGACAAAGCAGUGACUCUGCCUUUUCCAACCACACGGACCUAUCGAAGCCGUCCUCCUCGACCGAGCACAAGGCGACGCCCGCGCGCGGCCGCAAGCGCAGCCGGGACGAGCGCGCGUCGCUGCCGGGCGAGCGCGCCGCCCCCGCGCCCCGCGCCCGCCCCGCGCGCGCCCACGACAAGCGCCCGCGCCUCGAGUCCACAUCCUCCACCAGGGACUCCGACUACGAGGACCGCAGCGCCUCCCACUUCUCCCCCGAGCCGGAGAGCGACUCCGACUCCCCUCUCCUCAAAAACGAAUUCACCUGCGAAAUCUGCUCCAAAUCCUUCCAGUCAAAGGCCUCGCUCAACUCGCACAAGCAGUGGCACACGCGUAAGACGCCCUCCUACCUCACGCCCAACAAGUCGCUCGGCGAGGACAACGUCGUCGACAUCCCCAAGAACAACGUGGCCGACUCCGUGGACGACGACGACAAGCUCGCGUGCGACGCCUGCGGCAAGACCUUCAAGCUCAAGAUCAUGCUGAAGCGGCACGCGGACUCGUGCAGCAAGCAGCAGCAGCCGCCGGCCGACCUGUCGCCCAAGAAGGAGCUGCUCAUCUCGCUCGAGCCCAUCGUCACGCCGGAGAAAGACAGCGACAAGAAGAUCAACUGCGAUCUCUGUCCGACCAAGUUCAAGAACGUGGAGAACCUCGAGAAGCACAUGCGGGUCUGCCACGCCGCCGUGCUGCCGGAGAAGAAGCGCGAGAGCCUCAUUCUGAAGAUCUCUAAAAGCGUGAACAAGAAGGAGCCAGUCCCGUGCCUGUACUGCGGCAAGCUGUUCGAUGACUACUACGUGCACUCGGCGCACUUCAACACAUGCCCGCAGCGGAGUGACGUCGCGUCGCUCACGUGCCGUCUGUGUAAGAAGACCUUCAGCCGCAAGAACAGUUACUUCCUGCACUUGAAGAACAUUCAUCUGGAGCCGCGCGUGGUGUCGCAGGCGGAUGAUGGCAACCAGAAGGGCGAGAGCUUCGAGUGCCGCAUGUGCAACAAGAAGAUGGCGACUCAGGAGCAACUGAUCCAGCACCUCGCCGCGCACGUGUCCAACAUAGACGACGCGGGCUCCGCCGCCGACGAGGAAUCUAGGGCCAGCACGGUAGACGACUCGGCGUCCGUGCACUCGGAGCAGAGCGGCGUCGCCAACGGCCCGCUCAAGUGCAAGCAGUGCGACAAGACCUUCACGUACAGGAAGUCGCUCGCCAACCACGAGAUCAAACACACUACCGGGGAGCUGGAGAUCAAGACCGAACCGCCCGACCCCGCGCCGCCUACCUACAGAGAUACUGACUCAGAAGAUGAUGAUAGCCAAGAGGAAGACCUGACCUGCGAUAUCUGCGAGAAGAUGUUCUCCUACAAGCGCCUGUUAAUACACCACAAGCGCACCAAACACAACAUGAGCUCGGGCUACAAGCGCGCCAACAUCAACCUCAAGGACUGCAAGGUCAAGUGCCUCAUCUGCGACCUGGAGAUGACGGUCAACACGUACAAAGAACACAACAAAGACCACAUCGCGAAGGGCGUCAAGCCGCGCAACCAGUACACCUGCCUCGAGUGUGGAGAUACCUUUAAAAAUUUACAAACUCUCGGCACGCAUAUAAAACUAGUCCACCGGCUGAAGAAACAAAUGACUUCCAAAGUGGUGGUGCCGGACUUGGCGGAUUUUUGUGAGGUCGUUGUGACUAAGACGGAACCGCUGGACGAGGUCCAGAGUCACAACGGCUCCAGUGAGGUUCCAUCCGCCAAGCCCCGCGUCGACCUGACGGGCUUCACGUGCCCCAUCUGCAGCAAGAAGAUGGGCACGCUGGUCGCGCUCAAGCGCCACGUCAACUGGCACACCAAUGUGGGGAACAAUAUUGAGAAGAAGGUCGAGUGCUUCGUUUGUCAAGAGACGUUCCGCUUCAAGGGCCACUUCAAGCUGCACAUGCGCGAACACUACAAGGAUCCUCACCUGGACCCCAAGUUCCUGCUCUGUUCCAUCUGCGGGCGCCGCAGCAAGCACCUCCGCGCCGCACAGAUGCACAUGAACUUCCACAAGCAGACCCGCUUCCAGUCACAGGACUACCAGUGCGCUAUAUGUAAGAGAAUCUUCCAGGAUAGGAAGGUGUAUUUGUCCCACAUGGCCAUACAUUACAAGAGGGGUGAUAGCGUCUCGAAUACGGUCGUAGGCGAUAUGAUACCAAAGAAUAAGCCGCCGGUGAACGCGGAAGGUAACACUACGUGCCCGCAUUGCGGGAAGGUGUGUGAUUCGGAGGUGUCUCUGAAGCACCACAUUUCUUGGCACAACAGCAAGUCUUCUUUAUUCGGCGCUCGUCACGAGUGUUCGCUGUGUGGUCUCGUGUUCACCAACAAGCGGCGCAUGGAGCUGCACCUGCGCACGCACUACGAGGACGACGACGGACCCUACAAGUGCCAGGUAUGUGGAAAAGGGUACAAUGAUGAGGAGUACUUUAGAAGACACGUCAAGGGACACAAUUUCGACCAUCAGAGCCACCAAAAACGCAUCGCGAAGUUGAGAGAGAACAAAGUCAAGUGUCCGAUAUGUAACCGGUAUUAUCCGGACCUGGUGAAGCUGAUCCGGCACCUGCGGCGCACGCACCCGCAGAGCAAGAUGGUGAAGGAGGACCCCGACGCGCCGUCGCAGCAGGCGUGGUCCUGCAAGCUCUGCGCCAAGGUGUUCCUGGACGAGCGGCGCCUGCGCAUGCACGAGGAGCGCCACCUGCGCAAGCCCGAGUUCUUCAAGUGUCGCUUCUGCGGCAAGAAGAACAUCUCGCAGAAGGCGCACAACGUGCACAUCAAGGCGCACCUGGUGCGCAAGCACGUGGACGCGCCGCUGCAGUGCUACAAGUGCGAGCGGACCUUCGUGCGCGGCUACGACCUGCACUGGCACCUGCGCGACGAUCACGGCAUCACGGAGACCUGGGCGGCGGAGCGCCACCAGCCGCCCCUGGCCGGCCCGCUGCGCCCGCUGCAGUGCGCCGUCUGCAUGAAGGUGCUCGCCAGCCAGGGCAACUUCGAGCGCCACCUCGACUACCACAACUCCCUCCGCUGCAACUACUGCUUCGACUACUUCACGGCGCUGCGCUUCCUCGAGGGUCACCUCGCCUUCUCGUGCGCCAAGCGGCGGCUGCUGGGCGACACGGAGCCGCACGCGCGCAAGAUCAAGUGCCCCGAGUGCUACAAGGCCUUCCACCUGCAGGUGAAGCUGGACUGCCACCUGCGCGCGGCGCACGGGCGGCGCGUGUCCCGCGAGCCGCCCGCCCCGCGCCGCGACGCCGUGUGCGACUACUGCUUCCGCGUGUUCGAGAACGAGGACGCGCUCGCCUCGCACAAGGUGUACCACCGCACCGUCGGCUACUACGGCUGCCGCUACUGCGAGCGCAAGUUCAACACGCUCACGCUGUACCGCAAGCACAAGAACCACCACUUCGCGCAGCUACACGUCGACGAGCCGGUCAAGUGCGAGCACUGCGACCGCACCUUCGUGGCCUUCCGCGAGAUGAUCUACCACAUGCGCGACGACCACGGCGACGACAAGGACUGGGUGGUGCUGCCCAAGGAGUCCAUCGAGGAGCAGUGCCCCAUCUGCAGCAAGGUGUUCUACAACCUGCCGCGGCACCUGCAGUACCACGAGGAGAACCGCUGCAGCAAGUGCCGCGAGCACUUCUACUCGCGUCUCGACCUCGACCACCACCUGUGCCCCGUGGACUCCGACGACCAGCCCGACGACCGCCCCGGCGACGACGACCGCCCGCGCUACGAGGAGUGCUCCUUCUGCUUCAAGCCCAUCACCAAGACCAACUCCAAGCUCAAGCACGACCUCAUCCACAAGGGCUCCGGCUCCAUCUCGUGCCGCUUCUGCAUGCUCAAGUUCAAGACGAUGGAUGCGUUCAACAUCCACGCCUUCUCGCACCGCAGCCGCAAGUACAAGAAGAAGCCGAUCAAGUGCCGCCAGUGCGGGGAGCAGUUCGUCACGUACGGGCCCUUCAUGAAGCACAUGGUGUCGGUUCACAAGUCCAAGGCGAAGAUGCACUACCGCGCCGUGGUGCGCCCGGAGCGCUGUGUCGUGUGUGGCCAAGAUUACCCCAACCUACACAACCACUACAGGGCCCAUCUGGCCAAUCAGUGCGCGCGAUGCCGCAAGUACUUCACCUCCUCGCGCCUGUUCUCGCAGCAUGAGUGCGAUAAAGAGGACAGCGAUCCGUCGAAGGUGUUCGUUUGCGACGAGAACUUGCAGUUUUUGAUCAACACGCACGUGCCUAAAGACAUUCAGGACGACGAGAAGUACUAUGGCAUGGACGACGACGAAGAAGAAGAAGUGGAUGUGGAGCAGCCGGAGACGAAGCCGCCGGUCGCCGCCGUCGAGAUCCACGACGACGACAGCCAGAACACGCAGCUCAGCGACAACAUGGAGCAUCUCGUGCCGCUCUCCAUCCAGUCGCCGAUCAUAUCGGACGUCCUGUCGUUGUACCAGGAGAAGCAGGACGCGGACGCGGCGGCCGUCGUCGUGGACCUCAGCGACGACGACGACGUCAACAUGAUGGCCGUGACGCACGACACCGUCACCAUAGAUGAUGACGACUGAACUGCCAAGGUAUGUUCUUGGAGUAAUGAUACGAAAUGGAUAGUGAAAUUAUGAUUUUAUGAGCGUUUAUUUGUGAAUCGCUUUGGUUUGCAAAGUAUUUCCAGUGAAUUGUAAUAAUAGUUGUAAGAUUACGGUAAGAAUCUCAGUUUAUCGAAAGUAAUAAUUAGUGUCCACUUGUAGGUUUAGCACGCAUCGCAUCAAUCAGAUUGUCACAAAUUAACGGAGCAACAGAAUUUCCAUUGAGAAAAGCAUUUCUAUGAUACUAUACCGUUUGAUACGAUGCCUGCGAUAAUAGGUGGGUUUGUCACCGGCUACUGGCUGCCAUGUGAAAUGUGAAUGAAUGAGAUGAAAAAUUAUGUUUUUGUUUGUAGACGAAACACUAACAGAAUGGUUCUUCAUUAGUGCUCAAACAAAUAAUCAGUUAAUUUAUAUGUUCCGUGUAUUCUUUAGAUUUAGCGCCAGCUUUUGCACCUAUAAGGAUAUAACUUUUUUCGAUUUCUAAGGUAGAUUCGAUUAUAGUGUACAUUAUUAUUUUUAUAUCUUAAUUGCCAAAACCAUUCUGUAAGUGCUUGAUUUUAUGUGUUAGGUUUAUGUGAUUUUUUUAUGUGCAGAGUGUAUAGCUGUUUAUACAUUAUGACUCGGUAUGUGCUCGAUUUUAUUACUUUACGGCUGUAAAUAGCUUAAAACAUUGCAUUUAAUUAGAGAGUAACAAAUAAGCAAGUGGUAGGUAGCUGUUGCCAUGAUGAUAUAUUAUAAUCUCCGAAGAUUUUUUGGUUCUUUAGGUAAACCAAGAUUUUAUUACCUAAUAUAGAAUCAUAAGGAUAGUGAUAAUGUUUCAUGAAACACCAUAUAAGUAUACAUAUAUAACAUUGUAGCGUACAAAAUAACUUUCUCGUGCAUGAAAUAUUUCAGGAUCAUUCCAGUUAUAUUGUGUAUUGGAUUAAUUUUUACACGUUCAACACUCAUAUUAAUAGUGUAACUGUAAAAUGUUUUCUAUGGAUUGCAUUAUAGUUUAUAGGUAUAAUCAUGGUGUAAUGAUUGAAUAGGUACUUACAAAAUUAUGGACAUGCCAAAGUAUGGUUUAUAGUUAACUGAAUGGCCAGUUGAUAAGUCAAAAAGUUAAAUGAUUCGUAACAAUAAUUAUGUUUAUCAUAAACACGUUACUUACAAAAGUGACGCAAGUUGACUAGAGAAAAUGUUUUUCUAACUAUUGGACACAUUUAUCUAGACAUCUUAGGUACCUUGAAAUGCGGUAUCAUUUACUAUUACUACCUAAAUAUACUUUGCAUUUUCAAUGAUAAGCAUAGAAAACAAAAUUGUAUUUUUUCGUGCCUGAAUAAUAACAAAGUAUAUGGUACUAGGUAUUCUCUUAUCCUUUAGGUCAUAAUAUGAUCUUACUAAUGUAGUAUUUAUGUAUGAUAUGGUAAUCUACAUGUAAUGAGUAAAUAGUGCUGCAGAAGUUUGAUUUUUUAAACAUGAACAAUUGUAUUGAGGGUUGAUUGCGAUUUAAUUUAGUUAGUUUUUCUCUUUAAUUUUGUUUUGUUAAUUUCAUGAUGUGGUAAUUAAAUUUUAAAUGGAUGUUAUCUGAUGAAUAAAAGUCUUAUCGAUCGAA